AUGGCAGAGGAGACAUGGGUGGGUACCUGGAGGCCCCAUCGGCCCCGGGGGCCCAUCAUGGCUCUCUACAGCAGCCCUGGACCCAAGUACCUGAUUCCACCCACCACAGGCUUCGUGAAGCACACGCCCACCAAGCUGCGGGCACCAGCCUACAGCUUCCGUGGGGCCCCCAUGCUCCUGGCAGAGAACUGCUCCCCGGGGCCCCGCUACAGUGUGAACCCCAAGAUACUUAGGACCGGCAAGGACCUUGGACCCACUUACUCCAUCCUGGGGCGCUACCACACCAAGACCAUGCUGACCCCUGGCCCAGGCGACUACUUUCCAGAGAAAUCUACCAAGCACGUGUUCGGCUCGGCACCCAGCCACUCCAUCUCCGCUCGGACCAAGACCUUCCGAGUGGACAGCAGCCCAGGGCCUGCUGCGUAUGUGCUGCCCGUGGUGAUGGGGCCGCACGCCGUUGGCAAGGCCUCCCAGCCUUCCUUCUCCAUCAAGGGCCGCAGCAAGCUGGGCAGCUUCAGCGACGACCUGCACAAGACCCCAGGUCCUGCGGCCUACCGCCAGACUGAUGUGCAGGUGACCAAGUUCAAGGCUCCACAGUACACCAUGGCUGCCCGAGUGGAGCCCCCAGGGGACAAGACCCUCAAGCCAGGACCAGGAGCCCACAGCCCUGAGAAGGUGACCAUGACCAAGCCCUGCGCCCCCAUUGUCACCUUCGGCAUCAAACACUCUGACUAUAUGACACCGCUGGUCGUUGAUGUUGAGGAAUAG